AUGAGGGAGUGCCUUGGGGGUACAGAGCCAUGGAUCAUUCCAGGCAUGGGCAACCUAUGGGAGAAGAGACGCUUGGAUGGACCUUUGUGGAAUCAGGUCGAGGGACAAAGGCUAAAUUCAGCCCCGGUUCAAGCCCUUCUGUUUGCCAACGACUGGCGACCAGACCCUGCGGCACACCGCUGGGCUGAAGGGCGCAAGCCGGGAGGCGACGGGACGCACCAGCAGGGCGGGGCUCGGGGGCGCGAGGCGGCUCCCGGGAGAGUUCUGGGGCCCGGAGCGCCUACCUGUGUACCCCGGUGGAGGGGGCGCGGACCCCUCCACGAACGCGUCCAUUGGGCGGCGCCGCCAUCACUCUCUGCUCAGCAACACCGCCUUCUCCUCCGCCCAGCCCGGAUCCCCACCCUCGCCGUCCUUCGCCCCGCCCCGAGCCUUUCAUUGGACGGAGGCGCGGUCGAUCCGCCUCGAAUCAGACAGCCGAUUGGAUACGAGGCCUUCGGGCCGCCCCCAUCUUGUUUGGAUUGGCUUGCUGCGCGUUGGCGCAACGGAAGAGGCGGCCUGCCGAGGAUGUUCUUCUGCUCUGGCUGGAUUGCCGCGGAGGAGGCGACGAGGGCACCGGCGCUGGGGGGCUGGCUCGGUCGGCAGCGGUUCUUGCUGCGGAUGGGAGCGGGCCGGCUCGGCGCGCCCAUGGAGCGCCACUGCGGGGUCGCCGCCACCUCCGCCUCGUCGGUCCGGGAGCCGACGCCCGGCGGCCCCGAUGGGCGGCGGCGGGAGCCACUGCGGCGCCGGGCGAACAGCGCGUCGGCUCCCGCCGUCGGGGCCUCGGCUUCGGCGGAGGGCGUAAGGCGGGACCGGCCCGGCUCUUACAGCGGCGCUACGUCGGCCUCCCGUCAGCGCGUCGAAAGCCUCAGGAAGAAGCGGCCGCUUUUUCCUUGGUUUGGCUUGGAUAUUGGUGGGACCCUGGUCAAGCUGGUUUAUUUUGAACCCAAAGACAUCACUGCUGAAGAAGAAGAGGAAGAAGUGGAAAGUCUUAAAAGCAUUCGAAAGUACCUGACCUCCAAUGUGGCUUAUGGGUCCACGGGUAUUCGGGACGUGCACCUGGAGCUGAAGGAUCUGACUCUGUGUGGACGCAAAGGCAAUCUGCACUUUAUACGCUUUCCCACUCAUGACAUGCCUGCUUUUAUUCAAAUGGGCAGAGAUAAAAACUUCUCGAGUCUCCACACUGUCUUUUGUGCCACUGGAGGUGGAGCGUACAAAUUUGAGCAGGAUUUUCUCACAAUAGGUGAUCUUCAGCUUUGCAAACUUGAUGAACUAGAUUGCUUAAUAAAAGGAAUUUUAUACAUUGACUCAGUUGGAUUCAAUGGACGGUCACAGUGCUAUUACUUUGAAAACCCUGCUGAUUCUGAAAAAUGUCAGAAGUUACCAUUUGAUUUGAGAAAUCCAUACCCUCUGCUCCUGGUGAACAUUGGCUCUGGGGUUAGCAUCUUAGCAGUAUAUUCCAAAGAUAAUUAUAAGCGGGUCACAGGUACCAGUCUUGGAGGAGGAACUUUUUUUGGUCUUUGCUGUCUUCUUACUGGCUGUACCACAUUUGAAGAAGCUCUUGAAAUGGCAUCACGUGGAGAUAGCACCAAAGUGGAUAAACUAGUACGAGACAUUUAUGGAGGGGACUAUGAGAGGUUUGGACUGCCAGGCUGGGCUGUGGCUUCAAGCUUUGGAAACAUGAUGAGCAAGGAGAAGCGAGAAGCUGUGAGUAAAGAGGACCUUGCCAGAGCGACUUUGAUCACCAUCACCAACAACAUUGGCUCAAUAGCAAGAAUGUGUGCCCUUAAUGAAAACAUUAACCAGGUGGUAUUUGUUGGAAAUUUCUUGAGAAUUAAUACGAUCGCCAUGCGGCUCUUGGCAUAUGCUUUGGAUUAUUGGUCCAAGGGACAGUUGAAAGCACUUUUUUCGGAACACGAGGGUUAUUUUGGAGCUGUCGGAGCACUCCUUGAGCUAUUGAAGAUCCCCUGAUUACCUGGGGAGGGGUUCCUGGAACCUUCCACAGUGGGAUCUGUGGACUUUUUUUUUAAGAGACUUACUCAGUUUUAUGAUUGUGUACUACCUGAAUCAAAGCGAGAAAGGACAAAUGUAUUUUUCUAAGUCAUCAAGAUAAAUCUUAAUAACCAGUAAGGAAAGAUAUAUAUUAAAAAAAAAAAAGUGGACCAUGUCCAUGUCGGUGAGAAUUCUCUGUAUUUAAGUUGCUCUUCAGUAUAUCUUUGUUCAACUUGCUGUGUAUUUUUGAAAUUCAGCAUCACUCUGUGGAGCCACUUCAGGGGAGGAGAGCUGUUCUGUGUUCAGCGGGCUGUGGUUUUGUGUCCUGUUGAACUAGCUAAAUGUAAGGCAAGCUGUUGAUACUAUGUAUUAUAAUCUAAUCACAAUUUUGUCAAUGUGGCCUUGGAGAUCAUCUUCUGUGCAUUAACUCUGGUGUGCAUUUAGCUUGUGUGAACGUAUUGAAAAACAUGUUUCAAGGUUCUACAGACUUACUGGGCAGGUUAAUUCUGUGCCUGUAACUUUAACAGUUAAGCAACUUUUGGAAGGGCAGUUCCAGCUUGUUUACACUGUAGAUCCUGGGAAGGUCUGUUUGGAGGGAAAGGACUUCUCCCCUGGGCAGAAUUUCCUUGGAUAGUGGAGGGAUAAUUGAUGUGAUGGAAGUGAGUAAGCUAGUAGAAAAAGCACAUCUGGAAGACUAAAAGCAGACAAAGAGGGCUGCCAGUAUCGACAGCUUUUCAAGGAGUGGGGGGAAUCUGGUUAUUUCAGGCUAGUAGAAAGGGAGGAAUUGAGGUGUCCAUUGAUUAGCUCAUGGAGAGCAGGGCGGGGCUCUCCCGCCUUCUGCUCCCUGCCUUGUGCUUGCUGGAAACUGCCUGGGAGGCUGGCUCAGUUGGAUCUAGUGGAGGGGCUGCGUGUGGGAGGCUCAAAAGGCUGCUUGAGGAGAGACAGGUUUCUAGAUGGAGUCUUGGUAGAGGUUGGCUGCUUCCUCUGGGCCGAGGAAUGGAGCCAGCGUGAGCCCGUUCGCUGCCCAUGGAGACCCAGGUUGACCUCUGAGGCCUUGUGGGGUCCCACCUGCUCUCCCCACAGUUACUGUGCUCACGAGGCUGUGCCAUUGCUUUUUGUGGGUCGUGUCAUGCAGCCCUUGUCAUCUCCACAACUUAACAGAGGAGGAAACCUGCCCAAAGUCACACAGCUAGAAUCCGGCAGAGCCCCCUUUCCUCUUGUGCCUUGAAGUCGCCUUCCACCUCCAUGGAUUCACCACUUCCUGCUCUUGAGAAACUGCCUCUGUGACUUCUCUUUGUGCUUUGUGCUCAGCCCAUCCUUUUACUCCAGUCGCUAAAUCUAAUGGACAUUUCGUGUUCUCAUCUUCCUCAGUUCUAACACUGCAGACCCCUCUUGCUUUUCCUUCUAUCUCCUAGGCCACUUUGUCUCUGCCAAUUUAUUCUCCACUGAAGAUAAUUAGAUAUUGCUAGCCCUCAGGCUCAAUCCUUGAUCUCCUUAAGCAGUCAUCAGCACUCACCUUGACUCUGAUUUCUAAGGUAGCAUGUCUGGCCCAGCCCUUGCCUCUGAGCUCCAGUCCCAAGGCAUUGACUGCCUUCUCUUCCCUCUUUCCCCUUCCCCUUCCCCCCUUCCCUUCUCUUCUGUAUCUCCAAGGCCAUCUUUACACAGAAAUGUCUCCAUCCUCUCCCCUGAACCUCCGCCAGCAUCCUCUCCCAGUUUCCUGCCAUUUCACUACCUCCAGUUUGUGAGAUGCAUGUAAACUCAGUCUUUCGUCACCACAGCUACCACCCUGGUCUAAGCCACUGCCCUGUCUCAUCUCAGCAGUUAUCCCUUCCAGUCAGCCCUCCAAAUACUAGCCUGAGGGUCCCAUCCCACACUCCCCUACUAGAGGCAGUGGGGGUGGUCGUGGCUGUGGUCAUGGUCCAGGUGUGAAAGGAAGGUGGUCAAACCAAGAUGGGAGCAGUGGAUGGUCAGGUAGAGAGAGAUGCUUUAGAGGGUUGAGUUUAGAGAUGUGGAGAUUGGAAGUGGGGGAAGGAGGUUCUGUGAGGGCACCUAGGCUUGCUGGGGAGACUUGGUUUUGGGCUGCCUGAUUUUUGAUGCCAAACAGGUAGCUGGAUAUUUAGGUCAGAGACCUGAGAAUGAUGUGCAUGUAGGUGGGUAAAAUGUAGGUGGGAAUUUAGUGAAUCCCAAGGUAGAGUGAGAAUAACAAGAGAUGUGCAGAGAAGGAAAAGGCUGCGAAGAACACUGAAGAGUGGUCAGAGGGGACUAGCGCAGGGGGCCUGUUGCUCAGGAGACUUGAGGGGAGAGGAGCUCUCCAGGCACCUGCAUUAAGAAGAGGUUUCAGAGGUGGCACAGAUUUGGUUGCAGGGUCACGCAUGGCCUUGAGGGGGAGCAGUUUCCCUGAAGCUAUGGGGCCAAAGCUGAGCAGCAGAGGUCCUAGUGAGGGUUGAUGAGUAGAAACAGUAGCUGCCACAGGAUGGCUUUGGACCAGGAGAUGUUUUUUUCUCCUCCCAACAGAAUAGUUGGUAUUUCCAGACCUGGGAUAUAGCUAGAGGGGUGAGGUGUGGGCCAGUUCCACCACUGCAGCCCUCCUGAGCACUGGUGUCCACAUUUGGGAGACUGCUUGACUGUGUCCAGCCACACCUAUGGUGCUGAGGCCAGGGUGGCAGGGGGGCCUUGGCCUCUCUGCCUUCUCCCUUGCUGUGGCCUGGUGCUCCACUCAUCACCCCUGACUGGCACCCCACUGGCACCCCACACCAUGGGAAGAGAUAAGCCAGGCUCCUCUGUCACAAUCACCUGUUGCUGGUGACCAGUUCUGUUUGUUCAGAACCACUCUUCAGCUCUUGCUACAUGGGCUUAAGUGGGAUGUGGGUGACCAAGGGUGCGUACAUGCUCAGCACAAAGUAUUUUUAAAAUCUGCUUUUUAUUUACUUUAAGUCAAUUACAUGCAUGUCUUAUUUUUUAAACAAGAGUAAUUAGCAAAAUGCAUUAAAAUUUUAAAAUAGCAAUUAAAUAUACAAAAAUAUAUAGCUUACAAAAAACUGCGAAUGUUUAAAAAUAUUCUGCUGCAUAAUUCUUAGUGUACAAACAUGUCUAUGAAACCUGAGGCUCAGCAUUUCAUAAACCUUUUUUUG